AUGAUAGCACCAAGAUCUGCUUCCCCGGCCGCGGCCGGAGCGCUUUUCCUGCUCCUAGCCCAAUGCGCUGGGGCCAUCAACAAUGGACUCGCCUUGACGCCGCCGAUGGGAUGGAAUAACUGGAAUGCGUUUGGCUGUGACGUCUCGGAGCACCUGCUGCUGUCAACGGCUGAAAAGCUUGUCAGUCUCGGGCUGCGCGACCUGGGCUACAACUACGUGGUGUUGGACGACUGCUGGCAGGACCCCAAGGGCCGCGACGAGCACGGGAAGCUGCAGCCCGAGGCGACAAAGUUCCCGCGCGGCCUCAAGGCCAUCUCGGACGAUCUACAUGCCAUGGGCUUCAAGUACGGCAUGUACUCGAGCGCGGGAGAGAUGACGUGUGCCAGAUUUGAGGGCUCGCUCGACCACGAAAAGGACGACGCGCAGAGCUUUGCCGCGUGGGGCGUCGACAUGCUCAAGUACGACAGCUGCUACCACAUGGGCCGGAUCGGGACGCCGCAGAUCUCGUUCAACCGGUUCAAGGUCAUGUCGGACGCGCUGCGGGCGACGGGGCGCAACGUGCUGCUCAACCUGUGCAACUGGGGCGAGGACCUGGUGCACACGUGGGGCAUGUCCAUCGCCAACUCGUGGCGCGUCACGGGCGACAUCUACGACUCCUUCACGCGGCCCGACGACCUCUGCGGCUGCGACGAGAACCGGCUGUCGGACCCGUCCUGCAUCGCGCCCGGGACGCACUGCAGCGUGCUCUUCAUCCUCAACAAGGUGGCCGCCUUUGCAGACCGCAGCAUCCCGGGCGGCUGGAGCGACCUCGACAUGCUCGAGGUGGGCCAGGGCGGCAUGACGGACGACGAGUACAAGGCGCACUUUGCGCUCUGGGCCGCGCUCAAGAGCCCGCUGUUCCUGGGCAACGACGUGCGCGAAAUGUCGCCGCGCGCGCUCUCCAUCGUCAACAACCCGGCCAUCAUCGCGCUGAGCCAGGACCCGCACGGCCGGUCGCUGACGCGCGUGAGCCGCGCGACCGACGGCGUGGCCAAGGACGUCUACGGCGUGGGCGAGACGCACGUGUGGGCGGGCCACCUCGCCAACGGCGACCAGGCCGUGGUGCUGCUCAACGCCGGCGCCGAGGACCUCGAGGCCAUGUCGGUGCCGCUGUCCGAGAUCUUCACGGCCUACGGGCCGGGAGGGUCGGCGCCGCACGUGGGCUUCGACUGGGCCGUGCACGACCUGUGGGCGCACCGCAUGCCCGACGAGACGGCGGCGCGGGUGCUGGCGGCGACCUCGGCCGACGAGGGCGCGGCGGUGCUGGCGGGUGCGAACUGGUACAACGCCACCGAGAAGCCGUACGAGGUCGGGCUGCGCGAGGAGGACCCGCGCCUGUUUGGGGAGAGGGUCGGGGUCGUCGAGGCAGGCGGCGUGCUGUCGGUGCCCGUCAAGAGGCACGCGGCGGCUGUGCUGCGGCUGCGGCGCAUCGCGGAGGGACAGCAGGGGUUCAAAGCCAAGACGCUGGAUCGUGUGGCCAAGGAUGAGCUUUGA